UUCAGUCCUUCCGCUUUGCAGCAUUGUCAUGCACCAUGAGCCAAGCGUGCUGCUCCACGGGAGCGGAACAUGCACGAGCUAUAUCUGACUUCAAAGCAUUCUCCCAACAAGUAUCAACUAUUCCAGUUUCAUGAGCAAUCAUGUUAGCCAAGACUCUCUCCUCUGUCCUUGACCACUUCUCCUCUUCUACAUUGUUAUCUCCUUCUACACUGAUCGUCAUAGCUCUGGGCUGGCUGUCGCUACACCUUGUACUGACAUGGCAGAGACUGCGCACCAUACCUGGUCCCUUACUGGCAAGAUUCACUGAUUUGUAUCGCCUACUGGUCGUCUGGCGAAGAGACUCACACGAUACAUAUCUCCAGCUGCACAAGAAGCAUGGCGAUCUGGUGCGAAUAGGUCCAAAUUGCGUCAGUGUAUCUAAGCCAGAGGUCAUCAACACGAUCUAUGGCAUAUCGGUCAAAGCUCCCAAAUCAGACUUCUAUUCCGUCUGGCAGAAUAUUGUCCAUGGCAAGCGAACAGCUAGUCUUGUCUUCACGACUGAUGAGCAGCAACAUGCUACGAUGAAGCGACCGAUCGCCAGCGCAUAUAGCCUGAGCACGCUUGUGGAGUUCGAGCCUCUGAUUGAUUCGACGACAGCGGUUUUCCUGGACAGAGUCGACCAGCUUUUCGCAACGACCGGUAGAGUGUGUGACCUUGGUACCUGGUUGCAGUGGUACGCAUUCGACGUGAUCGGAGAAUUGACACUGUCCAAGCGCCUAGGAUUUCUGGAGCGAGCAGAAGACGUCGAGAAUAUCGCCGAUUCGAUAGCGGCAAAUUUUGAUCGAUGCUCAGUUCUCGGGCAGAUGCCGUGGCUGGAUGAAUGGAUCUACAAAAGCUCGCUCUUUCAGAAGAUUUUCGUGAAGGGCAAAAUGAAUCCCAUACUCGCAUUCGGUCAGCGACGACUUCAGGAAAGACUGGACAGCAAAGACGAUGGAGAGUCUAUUGAAGUGCCAAAUCUGAACGAUGCUGCACUCAACGAGAAAGUCUUACAUGGCACACUUCCGAGCAAGCCAGACUUCCUUUCACGGUUUCUCAAGCUUCACGAUGAACAACCAGAGGUGGUCACGAAUCAAGCGCUGUUGGCAUAUCUUUUCAUCAACAUCAAUGCGGGCUCUGAUACUAUUGCAUCAACAACGCGAGCCAUCUUCUACUACUUGCUGAAGAACCCUUCAACGCUGGACAAGCUUCGAGAAGAGCUAGUGAGGGCGCAGAAGCAAGACAAGCUCACAACACCCCUACCGACAUGGACAGAGGUGCAAGCGCUACCGUACUUGAAUGCAGUCAUCAAAGAAGGCUUGCGUCUCAACCCAGCUCUCGCAUUGCCACUAGAACGCGUCACUCCUGCCAGUGGCUUUCAGCUUGGCGAGACCUUCAUCCCUCCAGGUACGAUCGUUGGCGUGAAUCCCUGGGUGCUGCACCGCGAUACACGUAUCUUUGGCUCUGACGCAGAGACCUGGAACCCUGAUCGAUGGCUUUCUGAAGACGCCGAACGAGUAAAGUACAUGGAUCAUCAUAUUCUCUCCUUCGGUGCUGGCAAAAGGACGUGUCUCGGCAGGAACAUCGCCAUGCUCGAGAUGUCGAAACUGGUCCCGGCCAUGGUUUUCCGCUACGACAUGAAGUUGAAGGAGCCGAAGAAGGAUUGGAAGCUAAUCAACGCAUGGGCUGUCAGGCAAGAAGGCCUCGAUGUCACGCUUGCUAAGCGGUAAUGGCAAAAGCUUAACGUCUUGAUCUGGUGCCUAGAGGAGUGACUGGCUCUGCCGGGCCCGUGCACGGUGCUCGACCUUGUGGCCUCCAAGUACACAAGUCCUUUCGAGAACAUGACGACGCCCAACAAGAACACGGCCUGGGACGAUUCAAAGCAAAGCGAAAGGCACCCGUUUCGUAUUUACGUCCACAAUAAAGAUGGUGCCGCGAUCCCCAAGGACGGAGGUACCCUAAACAUGAUCUUCAGCAUAUAACUCUUCUCGAAGCAGGACUGGCCAGCAUCAGCUGGCGCACCAGACGAAGCGAUUUAGCGGUAUGUUGUCGGAUAGGUAAGGUCCUGGUUCUACUACAGUCUCGGGAGAACAAGAGAAGAAGGAUAGAGACAAAGGCCGUGCAAAAAAGGCGGCGAUUAAAGCAGAAGAGGACCCGAAGAAUCCCGUGGAGAUCGAAAACCUAUAUAGAGCACCCAAGAAGCGCACGUUCCCGUUUAGAGACAGCCCCAACAAGCGCGCGAAGACCGAGGAGACCGACGAGAGGAAGCCCGAAGAGAAAGACCUGCUAUAUCCCACGGGAGCGCCGCGACAUCAGCUAUAGCUAGCUAACUUCUAUUCGCCAUACUCUGCCGACACGUACUAGGCGUCUAGACUAUUACUAUUCGCCAA